AUGGCCGAUGUCACUCCUUCAGCACAGACGGCUGGGUGGCGAAUAUCAAAGGCCUGCCAGGAAUGCAGGAAGAGGAAGAUCAGAUGCAAUGGCGACAACCCUUGCAAGACUUGCCAGUUACGCAAUACGCUGUGUGUUUAUCGCGAGGUGAUUCGCCAGCGAAGAAAGAAGCAUCAGGACCAGCCUGGCUCUGAAGAAUUGGUGCCUCCGAAUGGGUCCUCUCGGCCCGAGUAUGGUGCACGGCAGGAGUCGCCCAGCUCGCUGCAACAGCAGCAACCAUCGCACGGCCGAGAGCCGCCGUUGAGUAUCAACAAUAGUGUCUCGGCCACGCAUGUGACCUCAUCGUCAAGCAAGGUGCGACUGUACUACGGUUCAACCUCGCAUUUCGCCCUGAUGCAUGAAAUUUAUAGAGAUCUGACCUCCACACCGUCAGCCCACCCUACUGAGAGCCCGCAGGGGCGUGUAGAGGAGGCUGGAGCGGGCCUGGAUAUGUUUCAUUUUCGCCGUAUUUUCUUCGGGGUCUCUGCGGAUCCAAACGAUUCUACCCGGGGAUCUCAUAUGUCGGACUCCCAGAUCAUGUUUCUACCCUAUGAACUGGCCAAUAACUUCCUCCAGAGGUUUUUGUGUACAAUCUAUUUUCUGGUGCCGUUCUGGUCGACUGAAACAUUCCAGCAACGUCUCGAGCAGUUCUACAGUCCAAAGUCUACGAAUCGUACAGACAAAUGGUCCAAUUGUAUCCUCUUGAUGGCGUUGGCGAUCGGUGCUCUGGGGACGGAACAUGAUUCCUGGGCGGAUAUCCUCUACGAACGGGUCAGGGCCGCUUGCGAUUCUACCUUUGAGGACACCCACGCCCAUUUUCAGAAUGAGCAUGGGAGGCCGAACUCGUCGUUUCUCCACUUGGGGACGGCGGCCCGAAAGGCCAUCUCCGCCGGCUUGCAUAAGGAAUCCCCCCAUGAGAGUAGCGAAACAUCAGACGAUGCCUACGAAAGACGAGUGACAUUUUGGUUCCUUUACUUUUACGAAAACUGGAUUUGUUUCCAUCUUGGACGUCCAAGUUCACUAUCGCGACGGGAUGUUGGAAUUGCACCGCCGCAAGAGCCGUUUAUCCUUGCUCUGAUUCAUCUUUGCAAAUCUAUUUCUAGGUCCGCCGAUGAGCUCUACGGCCAGCACCACGAUUCAUUGCUCGCGAUGUGGCGGAUUGCCAAGUCAAUCUGGGAUGACCUUCGUUGCUUCGACUCCAAGAUGCAGACCGCGUUAGGAUUCGGGUUGGACAAAAGUGCUCAACCGGGAAGCAUUGGGGUAAGACAGACAAUGCUAAUAACGCUGUAUUACCACACUAUUCUUUUAACGUUUCGCCCUUUCUUGAUCUUCCGCGGUCGAUGGAACCAUGAUAUCCGGGUGUCGUCACAGGCCACUUUGAAAAAUGGAACGAAGCGGGAAAUCCCUUUAUGGCUGAAUGAGGCCUGUGGUUACGCACUAAGUGCUGCCUGUAGGACCAUUCACUUUCUGGGCGAAUGUUUUGUGGUCAACGAGCUUGCCAAGGAACUCCGCUACCAUGCCUAUUUUCUGUCCAGUUCAUGCUUUGCGGUUAUUUUCGAUCUCCUCCAUGGCCAGAACCUUGCUCCUACACAUCUCCCAUGGAUCCAUGCAGCCGUCCAAGCCCUUUCGUGCAUGCGAGAAAGAGAAGCCCUUGAAAGCUCCAUGAUUGCCAUACAGACCGUGCUUAGGAAAAUAGACCCAUCCUACGAAUGGAUCCCGCCCUCUAAAAAAGAGGUCCAGACCUACGGUGUCGACAAGUCCCAGCCGAUGGGAUUAUAUGCGAAUGACAUAGCUUCGUCACGAAGCGGAGAGUUUGUUGAAACUACUGCAAAUGGGCAGCCGUAUCCUGGGCCUUAUCCAAUGUAUGAUUUCCAAGGCAACUCCCUACAACAAGGCAUGCAUACGCUCUCCGCCAGCGGAAGUGUACACAGUGGCGACGACCUUCUGGAUUUCACGCAGUCAGACAUGGGAUGGAACUUUGAUUUCUCCACGAUGGAUUUGGAGUCGUUCUUCUCGCUCACCCCCACCCUUGACACGCCUCUGUCUUGA